UAAAUACUGGGAAAUGUAGAGUUACUUGGUGGAGGUUGUGAACGGGAGACAUAGAAUUUCAGUUGUGGUGCAUUGUCAAUAAGUUUCACACAUUCACGUGAAAAAAAAUCACAAAAAAGUCUAGUGAUUUCAAUAGAACAUUCCAAUUCAAUAGAAAAAAAUCUCCGGCUCAACUGUGAAUUUGUUUUCAUAAAAACGUUCAAUGGAAAAAUUUUCGUGUUAACAUACAAGUUAGUUUAUUAAAACAUUCAUGGUAAAAAAAUUGAUUCUGUUCAUUUAAAAGAACAGAAAAAUAGUGUACACAAUUUCAAGAAUUCGGGGCGAUGAAUUUUUAGAGAAUUAUUUUCGGGAAUAAUUUGUGCUGCGUUAAUUAAACCUCCAAAAUGCAGAGCUCAAAAUUAUUGGAAUUUCUAUUGAUUCUGAUACUCGUAGUAACGGAAUCCUCGAGCUGUAGAAUCCUCGGGAUUUUUCCGUUCAAUGCCAAGAGCCACAUGAUGAUGUUUGAGCAGCUGAUGAAGGGUCUCGCUAGGAAAGGUCAUCAGGUGGACGUUAUCAGUCCUUUUCCGUUGAAAGAACCGGUUAAAAAUUACCACGACAUCGAGAUUCCCUCGGCACUGCCCAAAUUAGUUAAUAAUAUGACUUACGAGGGAAUGAAGGAGAUCAUGAAGAACGAUAUUGUCAAGUUUAUUGCCCUGGAGGCAGGGAAUAGGGUCUGCGCAGAGGGACUAGAUCAUCCAGAACUCCAAAGGCUGAUUAAAAAUCCACCGAAAAAUCCGGCUUAUGAUCUGGUGAUUGUGGAAAUCUUCAGUGCUCAUUGCUUUAUGGCCUUCGGUCCUCAUUAUAAGGUCCCUGUAAUUGGAAUAAGUUCAGCUGCUCUGUAUCCGUGGUCCAAUGACAUGAUAGCAAAUCCAGAAAAUCUAGCAUUCGUUCCAAAUAAUCUCCUCGAAUACAAGAAAUCCAUGAAUUUCUGGAAUCGACUGUACAAUUUUCUUCACACAUUUUACUACAAAAGAUACUUUGACUAUCACACAUCACCUCAGGAUGAUAUAAUACGAAAGCAUUUUGGGGCGAAUAGUCCUGGGGUACGAGAAUUGGAACGUGAUCUUGCUUUAAUCAUCGUGAAUUCUCAUUAUGCAUUAAAUGGGGUGAAACCUACCACGCCGGGCUUGAUAGAGGUGGGGGGAUUGCACGUGCAGGACGAUGGUCCUGAUAUACCCGAGGACGACAAAAAGUGGCUGGACGAAAGUCCUGAGGGUUUUGUGUACUUCACAUUCGGAUCUAUGAUGCAAAUCGAAUCAUUUCCACCGCAUGUGCUGGACAUUCUUUACAAAUCUUUGGGGAAAAUAUCUCCGGUGAGAGUGUUGAUGAAAAUACCACGACCCGAGCUACUGCCACCUGGUCUGCCCAGGAACAUCCGGACAUUUUCAUGGAUGCCACAGCUCAAAGUGUUAAAACACCCUAAAAUUAGGGCGUUUAUAACUCACGGAGGGUUGAUGGGAACGCAAGAAGCCAUCACCUACGCUGUUCCCAUGAUCGGAAUGCCAAUUUUUGCCGAUCAGUUUGUGAAUAUUGAUUUAUAUGUCGCUAAAAAUAUCGCACUGAGGGUGGAUCCUGUUCACAUGACUCAGGAGAAGCUGGACUGGACGUUGAAUGAGAUUUUAUUCAACCCGAUCUACAAAGAGACGAGCAAAAUGGUGUCAGCAAAAUUCACAGACCGUCCUCGCAACCCCUUGGACACAGCGAUCUAUUGGGUGGAAUAUGUCAUAAGAUACGGUAACAAGCCACUCAGAUCCCCAGCUCUAGACCUAUCCUGGUGGCAAAUUGCUCUUCUUGAUGUUUACGCUGUUACGAUCCUACUCAUUGUCUCAGUUAUUUUCGCUAUCAUCGCUUUGGUCCAGUUUCUCUUGAGGACUGUUAUCGUUACCCACGUAUCCCCCGCCAAGAAAAUUGUCAACGAGGAAACGAUGGAGAUUAAAUUUUUUUGGUCGAUUGUAAUUAUUUUGUUAAUGAAUUUUUCCAUCGAGAGUUCAGCGCACCGAAUCCUCGCAAUAUUUCCGUUUCAAUCGAGGAGUCAUCAGAUGAUGUUCGAUGCAUUGAUCAAGGGAUUGGUGGACAGGGGCCAUCAGAUGGAUGUAAUGACGGUUUAUCCUCUGAAGAAACCCCUUAAGAAUUACAAAGUUGUGGUGAAUCUCGAGGGGAGGGAGGAGAGCCUCGUUAACCGGUGGAAUGUUAAAUUCGCUUCACAAUUGGGGGAGGACACACUUCCUAUCAUAGCCCUGCCAUUUGGGAAUGGGCUCUGUGAGUAUUUGGGACUGCCGGAGGUCCAGGAGAUCAUCAAAAAUCCACCGCAGGACCCACCGUACGAUCUGGUAAUCGUGGAGUCAUUCGGGGCUAAUUGUUUUAUCGGCCUGGGCCACGUGUUGAACGUACCGGUGAUAAUGGCGAGUUCAACGGUACCUCUUCCAUGGCUGGAAACCGGUCUGGGUCAGCUGCAAUAUCCAGCAUUCGUUCCAGCUUUUUUCACGAGUAACAAACAUCCCAUGUCCUUCUUCGAUCGUGUGCUGAACACUGUCAAGACUCACUCUAAUAAUAUGAGGUAUUGGUACUAUACCGAUACUGUGCAAAAUGCGCAGAUGAGAAAAUACAUUGAUCCCGAUAUUCCACCACUGCGAGACCUCGAGAAAGAUGUAGUUUUAGCACUGGUGAAUUCGUGGCACAGUCUCAAUGGCAUUCAACCAACUACACCCGGGGUUAUUGGAGUUGCUGGACUUCAUGUGGAAGCGAACUAUGUUCCACUCGCAAAGGAAAUGGAGAAGUGGAUGAAUGAUAGUACCUCUGGUGUAAUCUACUUUACACUUGGAUCCAUGGUGAAUAUUGAAACGUUCCCUGACGCGACUAUGAGAGCAAUUUACUCGGUAUUCAGGGGAAUAGCACCAGUAAGAGUCCUGAUGAAAGUGGCUAAUAAGACUGCUCUCCUCCCUGGGCUUCCUGAUAACGUAAUGACAUCAUCCUGGAUACCUCAAGUGGCUGUGCUAGCUCAUAAUAAUACGAAAAUGUUUAUUACUCAUGGAGGCUUGAUGAGCACCCAGGAGGCCCUCACCUACGGAGUUCCCCUCAUCGGGAUUCCCCUCUUUGGGGAUCAACAUAAUAAUAUUGUUCAUUAUCAGUCUCUGGGAAUGGCACUCGAAUUGGAUAUUCAUAAUCUGAAUGAGGAGUCGUUUCAUUGGGCUGUUAAUGAAAUCUUAUAUAAACCCAAGUACAGAGAGGCAGCGAAGCAUGAAGCGAUGAGAUUUCUUGAUCGUCCCAUGAGUGCAAUGGAGACCGCGGUUUAUUGGGUUGAAUAUGCUAUCAGACACGGUCGAGGUGCCCUACGAUCCCCCAUCGUCGAUAUGCCCUGGUGGCAAGUGGCUCUCCUGGAUGUUUAUAGCUUCCUGAGUAUUUCUGUUCUCGUAAUUAUUUAUUUAAUGUAUCGUAUUUUAAAGGCCGUCCUGACAACCGUAUCAUCGACGAACGAAGGAAAACGCAGAAAAACCGAGUGAUCCAGUGAUCGUGGCAGUGGCUAAUUACUGAGAUCGUUCGAUAUUUUUUGGUCAUUAACAUAAUACGCACAUUCCUCAGCUGAUGGUGUAGUGAAAAUUUAAUACAAAGGUAUGUGCGAUGAGGAAAAAAUUUUGCGUUGAAAAAUCAGUGCGAUUGUGAUCUUGCAAUCGAUUAAGGAGGAAGUAUUAACCUUUGACUUCUGCCUUUGAAAUUCAAUGGCAAAUCGAUAUCCACUCGAAUCAAUAGUGCUUCCCUUCUCAAACAUCGUGACGAUGUUCAAUCCACCUUUUUAAUGGUUUUAACCCAUAAAAACGUAACGAUUAAACGAGUUUAUCGUAUGGGAUGAGCAUUGAAAAGUUAUCGUAACUGGUCCUGGCGGUACAUGAAAUGGGUUGUGCUAGAACGACGUCGAAAGGUCAAGAUAUAGAUAACAGUUGUACACCUGUUAUAGUGCUGAGUUAUUGGAGGUACGAGUUAUAGAUUGAGGGAUUCUGUUUUUAAAAAUGUCGAAGUUUCAGCGACAAUUGAUUGGUUAUAGCCGAUUUUAUUUUGGUGAAUACGAUCGUGAAGUUUCAGGUUUGAGGAAAUAAUUUACAGUUUCUGAUUGUGAUUUUUUUAAUAAAAUUGUCGAGUUUGAGGGAUUAACUUGUUGUAUGUUUUUGAAUGAUUAUACAAAGGGAAUUUUUUAAAAAAUGAAGUCAGAGAACUGGAAAAAUCUCAAUUGGUUGUGAAAACAUUUAGUGCUGUUAAGGUUGGUGUUGUGUUCAAUACUUACUCUACAGGUUUUGUUUAAAUUUUUGGGGCGAAUAGUUCAACAAAGUAAUUGCAAAAUCAUCACUUUUGGUUGAGAUUGGAGUAACUUUUCACUUAAUUUCUACAAAAUCAAUGGCUCGAUAGUUUUUCAAACAAAAAUAAUUUUAAUUAAACGACUUUCUGGUAUUCUCAAUUAUAAUAAAAUUAUCUAAGUUAAUUUAGAUCUCAAGAA